UGGAGGGGGUGAGGAGGCACCAGUGCCCCAGGAAUGAAGCAGUAGAGAUGGAGAGAAAGAGAGAGGGAAGCCGACUCAGGCUCUGGGGGAGUAUUUCCCCAAUGAGGCAAGAGCAGGAGAGAGCUAUUGCUUGGGGUUGCUCCUUUGGGGAAAGGGGAAUUGGAACGAGAAAAUAAAAACCUCAGAGGAGUAAUGGGUGGGGGGAGUGGAGUGGAGUGGAGAAGAGGUUGAAGGAGGGAGCACAGGCAGAAGAGGGAAACGUUGGCGUGGCUCUGUUCAGACACAUCCACCCACGCACCAGCCUCCUUUCGCUGCCUGCCUUCAGAGAGGGAGACACCACCACGGGGAGAGCCCAUCCUUGCCGGAGCUCCCAAGCUUCUCCUGCCCGCCUGCCUGCACCUUCAGCGCUCAAACAGAGAAAGCAGCAAAGUUGGCUGCAAACUUGGUUUCCCCUGCCUGGACUGUUCCACUCAGCAGCAGCAGAUUUCUCUAGCAUACGAGGCAUUUGCUUCCAGCAAAGAGGACGGUGAGAACGGUGAAUGAUCUGGAAUCAAAAAGAUGGUUCUCUGACCCAGCUGCCUCCCCGCCUUCAUCCCUAGCCACCAGGCAGGGUCCUGGUGCCUGGGCUGGGGCAAUCUGCUUGGCCAUCCCCCUAACGAUUUCCCCACUGGUUGACCCAGGCCAGGGAUGACAAUCUGACUUUCCAUUCAGUUCCUUAUUCUCUAUUGCCUUAGUGCCACCUGCUUCAGAGUUAGGAGCUGGCCCAUCCAGGGAGCCAGGCAGCCAUGGAAAACAGCACCGAGACCCAGUUUCCAAAGACUUUGGAACCCAGCAUCGUCCUGCCCUUGGACUCACAGGAGACAGAGAAACUCCUCACCAAGAUUGAGGACAAAGAUGACAAGGCUAUGAAGGCAUCCAAGUCCUUCUCAGGGGCCAUGGAAAUGGAGCAGAAUGGUCACAGUCUAGCCUACAAAUCAGUGUCUGAAGGGCACCUGGAGGCUGCCCCCCACUCUCCUUCCAGGGUCAGCUCCCGGAGGGCGUCCUCCAUUGCUACUACCUCCAAUGUCCAAGACCAGGAGAUGCCAAAGGAUUACCUCAUCUUGGCCAUCCUCACUUGUUUUUGCCCCGUAUGGCCCCUGAAUAUAGUGCCACUGAUCUUUUCCAUCAUGUCGAGAGGUAGCGUACAGCAGGGAGACCUGGACGGGGCCAGGAGGCUGGGCCGCCUGGCGAGGCUACUUAGCAUCGUCUGCGUCGUGCUGGGAAUCCUCAUCGUGGUCAUCUACGUGUCUGUCAACUUCACAGUCUGGAAGGAGGAUUAGCUCAAACAUUUCUGGAAAGAGGCGGGCACUGGGUAGGUGCCACCAUGAUUGGACUCCCCAGUAAAUUGAGUGCUCCUGGCCACUCAUCUUCUGCACCAUCCAUCUUGGGGAGGGCAUGCAGUUAUUCCCCAAGUCCUCAAGUGGUGAUGCUACACCCCCUAAACUACUCACUCAACCACGGACUGAUGAAAGGGCUUGGAUUUCAAGGAGAAACAACAAGGUGCAAUGGACCCACUGGGAUAGGACAAGAAGGAACCAAUAAAAGGGGGGAAGGAAAUUUAUUCUUAAAACUGAAAUAUCUCAUGGAAAUUUCCUGAAUUUUGUUUUUGCUCAAAUCAUUAGGUUUUUCUUUGUUUGCCUUUUAAUCAGCCAAUAAUGUAACUCCAUCAACAAGCUGAAACUGCCAGGCAGGGAAGAAAUAUGCUUCCAAAGUCAGGAAGGUCAGGGAACGAAGGCUCAGCAAAGCAGCAUGAGACUCUUCUGGAUGUGGACACAGACCUGAAUUUGGACAUGAGAUACAGAAGAGGCAAGGAGAGGGACUUGGUUUUUUGUAUUUUUGAUGAAAAAAAAAAGACCAUUUGCAUGCUUUACUUCGCCACCUCUCCACCCCUACUCCCUUUCAUCCAUUCAUUCCUCUGAACUCAGCACCAUAGAGCUCACAGACAGCUGGCAAGGAUGGGGCUGACAUAGGCAGAGCAGAUUCCCAGGACAGUCGGAAAAUCAUUUGUGGCUGAUUUGGAUGGUGGGGGAAACUUUCGCAUGAGACUAAUGCCAAUUUCUCCAUCCCCAAAGCCAAGGGUACUGUGUGAAGGAUCUAAUAUUAGGGAACAAAGUAGCCUUGAAAUUCACUUCCAGACACCAUUUGGUUUGGAAAACAUUCCAUUUUAAGUGGACUUGAAGCCAAUUUAAGCUUGAGAAGGGAGGCUGUGAUCAGGGACCCAAAGAAUCUGUGAGGGCCUCAUCCAUCCAUCCCAGUACCUCCCUGUUCCCCCUAUAUUUCCUGGACAAGCACCAACUGGUAUCAGGUAGCCCAGGAAAUUAUCUCCUCCUCAUCUCCAAACCCAAGGAGAAGGGCAGAGAAAUGGGGGAUGCCAUAUUUCUUUUUAGUUCUGUUGCUGGAUUUCCUUUAGGCUUAACCCUAAUUUCCUUUCAGCACUGGGUAUAUACUCAUCAAUCAAUCAGCAUUUAUUAAACACCUUCUGUGUGCCAGGAACCAUGCUAAGUGUUGGGAAUACAAAAAUCAAAAGGAAAUAUUUCUUGCCCUCAACAAGCUUCUACUCCAAAAAGAGGAAAUGACACAUGGACAUGUAAAUAAAUCCAAAAUCCAGGGACAAGGAAAUGAACUGGAUCUGUGAUUUCAUUUGGUGUAGGAAGCCCCUGGUGAGGAAUUCCCAUUACCAAUGAAGGUUGACACUUAGAGAGAGCAAAUAAUUGUGGGAACGAUUUGCCUUCUUCAUGUUCAUGGGUUGUUCUGUCAUGUUACCCAUUUCUCUUUGUUGUCUUUUUGUCUGAGGCUUGGCCAUUCUCCCCCCACCCCCCCCCACCCCCCCCAGCUCCUCUGUGGCAGCUAUUUCUAAUUAGUAAGGGAUAGGAGGUCCCUAUCACCUUAUAUAGAGUUGAGGGAUCUCAACUGUGUGACCUCUUCUGAAUAAAACAAGGCCUGGAGAGACUGGGUCACUAUUUUCAAGGGCUCUUAAUGAGGGAAAUACUAAUCAGUAAAUUCUUCAUGUCCAGGAAAGUCCAAGUAAGCAGGUAUGGGCUUACGCCAGCCCAUAAACAAAAGAUAUUGUGUUUUCACAGAAGGUGUAAUGAGCUAGAGUGGAUCAUGACUGGUAGACCUCCAAGACUCUUGAUACCAACCUCAAUGGGCAUUUUCAGGAAAGGGGGAAGUCAGUCAGCAAUCCCUUCCACCAUAUUCAGUGCAUAUGCCUUUCUCUUUCCAUAAUCUGUUAACUAAGAACUUCUGGGAGACCAAAAGUGAGUCAUCAAGAGCAGGGCGAAUCCUUGAGUUCCCACUUUUAGGGCUAUUUAUGUUCUAUGAGUGGAAGAAAGGAUAGACUUGGUCCCCAGAUGAAGGAAUCUCAGGCAUAUAGAAGCAGGUGGGAGCCCAGGGGAAGGGGCCUGAAAUUCUACUAUUAGGCUUACUCUGCCCAGAGGUGGGACCUAGUCACAAAUGUUGCUUAUGCUAACAAGGAUGUUGAGUUUAUGGUGUAAAUGAAGUAGAACACUUUUUCUGAAUUCCAGUUUCAGCUAAGCCUGAAUCCUCUGUAUACUUGGUCCUGGAAGUAGCUCUCAUUUUCUUUUCUUUUCUUUUCUUUUCUUUUCUUUUCUUUU